GGUAAUAUUAUUUCCAUUUGCGACGCUAAUGUGUCGCCCCACUGCGACAUAAACGUACACUUUUUGCUUAUCGGCAUAAAUUCCAAUCGAUUGUCAAUUUUUGAUAAAUGAAAUCAAAGUAACAAGAAAAAUCUAGAAAAUUCAAAUAAGAUUUUACUCCAUAAAACAUUAUUGUGCGAUCUGUGUUAAUUCACUUCACGAUGUCAGAAAGUAAAAACGAUAAAUCAAAAAUUGAUUUAGGAUUAUUAGAAGAGGAUGAUGAAUUUGAAGAAUUCCCUGCAGAAGAUUGGACUGCAGUAGAUGAAGACAACGAAGAUAUCAGUGUUUGGGAGGAUAACUGGGAUGAUGAUGAUGUAGAAGAUGACUUUAAUCAGCAAUUAAGAGCACAAUUAGAGAAACAAAAGGCUCAAAACAAAGGAAAGGAAUCAUAAUGAAAUUAUAAAUUAAAUAUUAUUAUUCAUAAA